AUGGGGAUCGUUAAUCGAAGUUUUACUAAAAGAAAACCAAAUGAAAGUAUGAAGCUUUUUGUGAUAUUUUUUGUUGGAGGAUUUUUGGGCUUAAUUAUAGGAGUAUCACUUCCAACAUUGUCAAUAACAAAGUUGAAUCUCCCAUCAGUCCUGCUUCCCUCCAUUGAUCUCUCUUGCAUUCAGGACAAACAUUCAGGUAGCGAUGCGUGGUCUUUCAUGAAGAAUAAUAACAGCACCUCAUCCCAAGAUCAAUUACUAAAAAACACAACAAAGAUUUGGGUUCCAACAAAUCCAAGAGGUGCAGAGAGAUUAGCUCCUGGGGUUGUUAAAGCAGAGUCAGACUUUUUCUUACGCAGAUUGUGGGGUAUUCCCAGUGAGGAUUUAACCUCUAAGCCAAAGUACCUUGUGACCUUCACUGUUGGGUAUGAGCAGAAAAAGAAUAUUGAUGCAGCUGUGAAAAAGUUUUCAGAGAACUUCACAAUCCUUCUAUUUCAUUAUGAUGGCCGAACAACCGAGUGGGAUGAGUUUGAGUGGUCAAAAAAGGCUAUUCAUGUGAGUGUUCACAAACAAACCAAAUGGUGGUAUGCCAAGCGGUUUCUGCAUCCAGACAUUGUGGCACCAUAUGAUUAUGUUUUCAUAUGGGAUGAAGACCUUGGGGUGGAACAUUUUAAUGCAGAAGAAUACUUAAAGCUGGUAAGGAAGCAUGGCUUGGAGAUUUCACAGCCAGCUUUGGAACCUAAUAAAGGGUUGAUUUGGAAUAUGACUAAGAGAAGAGAUGAUCAAGAAGUUCACAAAGAAGCAGAGGAGAAACCAGGAAAGUGUAAGUACCCUCUUCUGCCUCCUUGUGCAGCGUUUGUUGAGAUUAUGGCUCCAGUGUUUUCGCGAGAUGCAUGGCGCUGUGUGUGGCAUAUGAUUCAGAAUGAAUUUGUCCAUGGAUGGGGUCUUGAUUUUGCUUUUAGAAAAUGUGUUGAGCCUGCGCAUGAGAAGAUUGGAGUUGUUGAUGCUCAGUGGAUUGUUCACCAGGGUGUUCCCUCACUAGGGAAUCAGGGUGAAGCACAAACUGGGAAACCGGCAUGGCGUGCGGUGAAGGAGAGGUGUGGCAUGGAGUGGAGAAUGUUCCAGGGUCGGUUGACAAAUGCAGAAAGGGGAUAUUAUAAGUCCAAGGAAAUUGAUUUCUCUAAUUUGCUCAUUCAUAAUUAG